CGAGUGCACGGCCAUCGACCCAAACAUGGCUUGCUCCAACAACCUGUGCAUCUGCCCAUCCGCGUCCCCGGGGCCAAUGACCGCGCAUGGCAGUCUCUGCUACGCCACAGACCCUUCAAGCUCCUGGAUGAGCCUCCUGCUGCCACUUUCAGGCUUUGUCCUCAUCAUCCUGGCAGUUUGCGUCUGCGCCUCCACGCAAUGGAGUUCCGGUCCGCGCUGGGCCAAGAGCUACAUCGGCGACAAGGAGUCCGCACCGACGCUUAUCGUAUGGUCCCAGGCGAGCAUUGGCGACCAGACACUCAGCGGUCCGCUCGAGCUUCAUCCAGCGUCGCAGAACACCGACUCGCUGGUGCAGCAGCAGCAGCACAUGGACAGCGAGCUGUUCAGCGGUGGUUUCUACAGCCCGCGUGACUCGUGGCUGGCAGCCAUGGCCGAGCGCUCCUCGGAACUGACCAACCAGCUGAACUCGGUGACAGAGCUGCGCGGGCUAUGCAGCGCCCCGGACGAGCCGUUCGUGCGACCCGUGCUGAGUGGCGAGGAGAUGUACUCGAAGUACCCGCACUUGCGGCUCAUACUGUCCUCGACGUCUUCGUCGUCGGCUCAAGUGGCUCCGGAACGGCCACCAACGUCGCCGAUCCCGGUCCACACGGAGAUAACGCUGAGCGCCAGUCGCCAGAGCACUGAGGCAAGGUUGCGACUGGGCGAUAGUCCGACAGGCCUUGAAAAGACGUUCUUUAUUGUUUGGAAAAGUGCAUAUGAAACAGGGAGGAAGAAAGAAAGGAAGGAAUAA